AUGGCACACAUUCUCACCGAAGGCCUUGACGGUGUUUGGCGCCCCAUCCUCUGGCGCUCCUUCCGCCUCCCCUACGUGAUGUCAACCCACCGAGGCCGCCUACACACCGAUCUCAAAGACUUCCACACCAAUUACGGCCCAAUCGUCCGUAUCGCACCCAACGAGCUCUCAUACGCCAACAGCGCAGCAUGGAAAGACAUAUAUCUGAACCGUCCCAACCAGCCCGUCUUCGAACGCAACCGCACGUGGUUCAAAAAAAUGACGCCCGACGAGCCGAAUUCAAUCAUGGGCUAUGAUGAAGAUGAUCACGCGCGGUUCCGCCGCGCUUUUGCGAAUUCCUUCUCGGAAAAGAGUCUGCGCGAUCAAAUACCCGUUGUGGAAAGCUACGUCGACUUGUUCAUCUCGCAGUUGAAGAAGAAAGAGAACGAGUCAGUCGAUCUGGCCCAAUGGUUCAACUUCCUCACAUUCGACCUCUCCGCCGACCUCUCCUUUGGCUCCUCCUUCUCGUGUCUGCAAAGCGGAACCGCACAUGUCUGGGUGCGCGUCACGCAGGAUUUCGGCAAAGGCCUAGCGUUAAUCGCGAGCGUGAAUACAUGCUACAUUGACCGUCUCCUGCGGUACAUUAUUCCUGAAAAGGUGCUUCAGCGCAUGAAAGACCAUCGCGAGAUUAGCAGUGCAAAAGCACGCGCGCGGUUAGAGUUAAGCACUGAACGCCCGGAUUUCGUCACGCCGACGAAGAAGUACAUCUCAAUACACCCAGAAUUCGCCAUGACGACUAAAGAGUGGGAAGUCAACAUGCUUGUCAUCGCCUUCGCCGCGUCCGAAACAACCGCGUCCGCACUCACCGCCGCGGUAAGAGAGUUAUGCCAGCAUCGCGGCGCGCUGGCUCGUCUUGUGUCGGAAAUCCGGGGCGCGUUUGCGGAAGAGCGGGAUAUCACUGUCGCCAGCACGCAGCACCUCAUAUACCUCAAUGCGGUGAUCAACGAGACGCUACGCCUCGACCCCCCCGUCGUAACCGGCGUGCCGCGCGUUACGCCCUCGCCUGGCGCACUAAUUUGCGACAGAUGGGUGAGCGCAGGGACGUAUGUGGGUUACAACCAGUUUGCGGCGAAUCGGCAGGGGUAUAAUUUCCAUUUACCUAAUACAUUUCUUCCAGAGAGGUUUAUUGAGAUGGAUGGGAGGGAUGACAUGGCUGGACUCAAUCCGUUCGGGGCAGGACGGAAUAGCUGCAUAGGAGUGAAAUUGGCGUAUGCGGAGAUGCGGGUUGCGCUUGCGAAGUUGAUUUGGGUGUUUGAUGUGCGGCUUGACAAAGAGGAUGGGGGCUGGACAUGGGGCGAGCAAGAGACGUAUAUUUUCUGGGACAAGAAGCCUCUCCACGUAGUCUUGACGCGUGUUGAUGGAGAGCUGAGAAGAUAG